GGAAAAAGCAUUUUAAAAGGUACCACGUAAAGUAUGCACGAGCACAGGACAAAUAGGAAUCCUACACGAUGCACCUAAUCAGUACGUAUUCUCCGUUGGCAACAAAAGAGAAUGGAAGAGAAGAGAAGAGAAGAGGAGAACAAAACAACGGAAUUUUCCGUAAUUUCAUUCUCCAAAAACACAAUCUCUCUCUUUUUCUCUCUGUCUCGCUCAGCGAUCUUAAUCUUUUAUGUGGUCAGUUCUUAAAGUCCUUUUCCUCCUAUUCGUAUCAAAAUUCCUUUUGCUGUGUUUGUGGAUCUGUAGAUUACUUGAAGAAUUUUGGGUGUGUUGACAAUAUGGAGCAUGAUGACACGGGAUGCCAACCCCCUCCGGAAGGCCCUAUUCUGUGUAUUAACAACUGUGGCUUCUUCGGAAGUGCUGCGAACAUGAACAUGUGCUCCAAGUGUUACAAAGAUAUGGUACUGAAACAAGAACAAGCUAAGCUUGCUGUAUCAUCUAUUGGAAACCUUGUCAAUGGAUCGUCUUCCAGUGAGAAGGGAAUGAUCGUUGUUGGCCCUGUAGAUGUGCAACCUGAUUCUAUUGAAGCAAAGUCAAUAGCUUUGCCAUCAUCUCAAACUUCAAGCUCUAGUGAUGUGGCCGAAGUAAAGGCUAAAGUGGGUCCUAACCGCUGCGGCACUUGUAAAAAAAAGGUUGGCAUCACUGGUUUCAAAUGUCGCUGCUGUAACCUUUAUUGUGGAGCACACCGCUACUCAGAUAAACAUGACUGCCAGUUUGAUUACCGCUUGGCUGCUCAGAAUGCAAUAGCAAAGGCCAACCCUGUUGUUAAAGCAGAAAAACUUGACAAGAUCUAGAAGGGGAGUAUCGUGCGGAGAUUUGGUGAUUUGAUUCUGCGUCCAAAAGGGUCCUCUGAUUGGCAACAUAUAUUUCAGAUCUUAUUAGUCUUGCGGGAGGAAGAAGAAGAAGAAGAAAAGAUAUGUGCGGGUUAUGGAAUUAUUAGGAGAAUUUGUGUGUUUGCUCCAGUUUCAGGUCUUUCAUUAUGCUGGUUUGAUAUCCCUUCAAUUAUGUCUGUCAUAUAUUGUACCGACUCACCUGGUAUUCUGUCAGAUAUUACAUUUCUAAAUGCUAUGUGCAAAUCUAGAUAACAUGGAAACAUCUAUUAACUUGGUUGUGUUUUGUCAUUGUAAAUUUCUCUUAAUGAUAUCUUGUAUGUCCUCAUCCAA